UUGUAUACAACUCUUCUUUAAUUUACAUACGCACAAACACAAUGAAAGCUAGUCAUCUUGGUGAUGGAGGGACUAAAUGCUUUCCGAGAAGAGGAUCAGAGUCGGGCAAUCGGAGAGCGAGUCGAAAACCGAUGAUGGUAUCAGCAACCGUGAUACCGCACAGACCGGCCAUAUACACAACUCUAUCGACGACAGACGAGAUGAGGGCGUUGCUAGUGCCGAUAAAGGGAGACAACAAAGAGAGUUAUAAGUACAAAGAUAACUGGUUCGACCUCCUAGCCAUCCAUUACCUGACAAAAGCCAUCCAAGCAACAACAGGGACAAGCAACAAGAAGCAAGGAUACGAGGGACUGGUUGAGGCAGCAGUCAUGAUCUCCAAGAAGCAUGGAACAAAAGCGCAGCAGAAUCUAGUGAUCCAAACUCUGCAGAAGGCCUUCCCAGUCGCCAUACUGACAAUGAUAAAGAUUUUAUUGCCUCCGUCCACGUUUACAAGAGAAUUCUUUGCAGCUUUCACUACAUUGUUCUUCCCAUGGCUAAUUGGCCCCUGCGAGGUCAGGGAAUCAGAAGUCAAAGGGAAAACAGAGAAAAAUGUGGUAUACAUCCCUAAAUGCAGGUUUCUUGAGAGCACCAACUGUGUGGGGAUGUGCACAAACUUAUGCAAGAUCCCAUGUCAAAGCUUCAUCCAGGAUUCACUUGGAAUGCCAGUCUAUAUGAAUCCAAAUUUUGAAGACAUGAGUUGUGAGAUGAUCUUUGGUCAGCAAGCACCGAUUGAUGAUCCCUCACUGAAACAACCAUGCUAUCGCAAAUCAUGCAUAGCAAAGCAGACACAUGGAGUGAACUGCUCCUAGUGGAUGAUGAUUGAUGAUACAUACCAGAGGGAUUUCAAAGCUGUCAGUAUGUAGUUCAUUUGGAAGUCUCCACUGCUGGAAAUUUUUCCUGUCAACUGAACAGUGAUUCCAUUUCCAGAUCCGUAUCAGUAUAGCCAAUGUGUUCUGCUGUUGCUUUUAGUAAUUAUGUGGUGGAAAAUAAAAAGGUGUUGGUCUUGGUUCUUCUAUCUAAAAUUUCUAAUGCGAGGUUAUGAUGAUUGUUGGCUUCUGAAGAAUCGCAACAUGGAAUCUAGUGAUUCAACAAGAAGCCAAUUAUGAAAUAUCCAUACAUGAUUCUUUGACUCCCUUACUA